CAGCACCCACAGCCAUGCGUCCGACACUGCAACCUGCUAUGCUUUUUCUCCUGAUCAGUUGCAUUAGCGUCCAAUCUUUUGUUGUACGGGGAAAGAUGCCUUCGUCUUGCCGCAGGACAACGGUGGCAAUUUCUUCAGCAUCGUCAUCCUUGCCAUCCUCAAAUCCCAUCAUCAUCUCCAUCCGCCGGCUUCUGAGUUUUGCUCCGAUUCUUCUCCUCGGUCCGUUUUUGGAUGUACCCACUGCACACGCCAUUUCCGGUGGAGGAAAAGAUUACGCAGAGGCCAAAAUUGCAGAUCAAGACUUCAGUGGAAAAGACUUCAGUAAAAAAGACUUUUCGGGGGCUUUUGCGCAACGCGCCAAUUUCAAGGGAGCAAAGCUUAUGGGUGCGCGUUUUUACAAGUCGGCCUUGACUGAGGCUGAUUUUACCGGAGCCGACCUAACCAGCGCCUCCUUCGAGGGAGCGAAUAUGGUCGACGCUAUUCUCAAGGACGCGAUCGUCAACAACGCCUACUUCACGGAAACAGUCCUGAAAGUUGGUUCCAUUGAGGGUGCGGAUUUCUCCGACACGUUGCUCGACCGUUUCGUUCAAAAAAAGCUCUGCGAGAAGGCGACAGGCACGAAUCCCAAGACCAAGGUAGACACCCGCGAGUCACUGUUGUGCGACUAAGGCUUCAGAUAAGCUAGGCAAAGCAGUGCCCCGAGGUGAAAACUCUCUUUUUUUUUGAAAAAAAAGCUAAAAAAGAAUGGGUUUUGAUGAAAGAGGGAGGAAAAAGGUAGAUUAUGUGCGAGCCUUGCCGUGGAGAGGAUCGUCAUAACCAUUAGGGCUCUUCCGCCGGUGCGCCAUCCUCGCAGGGCCUUUUAAAAGGUCAUGGCAAAGUGACCACCUCCAUCAACUAGCAACAAAGGAAAAAUAUAAGAGAUGCUGUUA